ACACUUAAUACUUCCGGCGCUUGUUUGGCUGGCGGUUUGAAAUGAGAUUGCUGCUAUAAAAAAACACACUUUUCGUGCUUAAAUGGCAGGUCUAUUAAGAGAGAAUAUACGCUGCGGAGCAAGGAGAGUAUUAUAGAGCGUAAUACGGGUUCAACUUCACUCUCGCUUUACUGUACUAUGUUCAAAAAGAUGACUGAAUUUGGUCCAGAUUCCGGGGGGCGAGUUAAGGGAGUGACUAUUGUGAAGCCCAUAGUGUUUGGGAACGUUGCCCGCUACUUCGGGAAGAAGAGAGAGGAGGAUGGACACACACAUCAGUGGUCUGUCUAUGUGAAGCCUUACAGAAAUGAGGAUAUGUCGGCUUAUGUGAAGAAGAUCCAGUUCAAGUUACAUGAGAGCUAUGGUAACCCACUGAGAGUGGUGACAAAGCCUCCAUAUGAGAUUACAGAGACGGGCUGGGGCGAGUUUGAGAUCAUCAUUAAGAUCUUCUUCAUUGACCCCAAUGAGAGACCUGUGACUCUGUACCAUCUAUUGAAGCUGUUCCAGUCAGACUCCAGUGCCAUGCCUAAGAAGACAGUUGUCUCUGAAUUCUAUGAUGAAAUGAUCUUUCAGGAUCCUACAGCCAUGAUGCAGCAGCUACUGACCACAUCAAGACAACUCACCCUUGGUGCAUACAAGCAUGAGACAGAGUUCAGUGAGUUGGAGCAAAGGACCAAGGAGAAAAUGGAAGCGGCAAAGAAGAGAACCAGCCAGGAGAUCGCAGAGCUGAAAGACAAAUUAAAAGCCAGCAGAGAAAACAUCAACCACCUGAAGUCAGAGAUCAGGAAACUGGAGGAGGACGGAGACCACAAGGAGCACUGAGAAAUGGACAAACACAGCACACAUGUCCUGAGCCCAUCCCUGAUUUGAAAGCAACAAAUGCAUUUUUGUGAUCUACUUUGUGUUCAAAGUAAUGGUAAAAAUUCAUUCAAUUCAAUUUCAUUUGUUGUUGUUUUUUUGUUUUGUUUUUUACUGAUCUUGUCAUUUUGUAUCUAAAGUAAAUAUGUUCACAACA